CCGAAAAUGAAAGGAAGACUUUCUGCAAUGCCCACUCUUCUUUUCAUUGCAGCUCUCAUGGCUGCCUCUGGCUUUGUAUCCGAAGCAGCUGAUUCUAAAGCUUCAUUUACAGAUAACUUCAAUAUAAUGUGGUCGGAGAACCAUUUUACAACCUCUGAAGAUGGGCAGACCUGGUAUCUUGCCUUGGACAAAGAAACAGGGUGUGGGUUUCAAACAAAGCAAAGUUAUAGAUUUGGGUGGUUUAGCAUGAAGCUGAAGUUGGUCGGAGGUGACUCUGCCGGCGUAGUGACAGCUUACUAUAUGUGCACGGAAAAUGGGGCAGGGCCAACGAGAGAUGAGUUGGAUUUUGAGUUCUUGGGGAAUAGGACCGGGCAGCCCUAUCUGAUUCAGACAAACGUGUACAAGAAUGGAACUGGUGGCCGUGAGAUGAGGCACAUGCUUUGGUUCGACCCCACCGAGGACUUCCAUAGCUAUUCUGUCCUCUGGAACAACCACCAGAUUGUGUUUUUUGUGGAUAGCGUUCCGAUGAGGGUGUACAAGAACAACGGGGAAGCAAAUGACUUCUUCCCCAGCGAGAAGCCCAUGUACUUGUUCUCCAGCAUAUGGAACGCCGACGAAUGGGCCACGAGAGGUGGGCUUGAGAAGACGGACUGGACCCGGGCCCCAUUUGUGUCAUCUUACAAGGACUUCACCGUCGACGGCUGCCAAUGGGAGGACCCCUAUCCUGCCUGCGUGUCCACCACCACCGACAAUUGGUGGGAUCAAUAUAAAGCUUGGCAUCUGUCGGAUUCUCAGAAAAUGGACUUUGCUUGGGUGCAGAGAAACCUUGUUAUAUAUGAUUAUUGCAAGGACUAUGAACGCUACCCGACUCUGCCCGGGGAGUGUUCGUUGAGCCCGUGGGAUUGAUCAGCAACUGAAUAGCUACUUUAUUUUAUCCAUUUUUUUAAAUCAAUUUUCAUUUUAUAUCGGUAUAA